AUGAUCGACCUCUGUGAAUCUAAAUCAUCAAAGCCCAACAAUAUAUAUAUUUUACCAGCCUGCCUUAAGCAAACGUUAGCAGCAGAGAGUGAACACAAAUAUCCAAAGGAAAAAACACUAGUUAUGAAAAUAGAACAGAUAAUUCGUGUAUGGUACAACGCUGUCUCUGCACUCCAAACGCAACGAAUCGCGGACUCACCUAACUGGGGCAAGAAGCGUCACCAAAAGGGCAUUUGCAAACUAUCCCAAAAGAAAGUCUCUUGUGCAUCCCGGCGAGAAUCCCCCAAAACGGGUUCUUCUUCGAGAACGCCAAAAUCCAGGAAGGUAAAUACGCGACGCGACGCGAAAUGUCAGGAAGCAAAAAUGUGCCUGGCACAGAAUAUUCCGCACCGCACUAUUUCCCGAUCGGGAAAAUGGGUCCUCGAUGAAUUCGCGAAAUAUAACAAUACCCUUUGGGGCCGUUUCCCGGUCGGGCCGCAGAACGCCCUCGAGGCGUGUGGGUCGAGGAGGAUACGGCGACGGGCCAGAAGACACGCUCGGUGA